CUUCUCGGUUGUGGGGGCGCUUGCCGCGAUUCCAGUGGGAAUGAAACGCAAAUCGCUGGCGCCACUGCUCAUCUACGGCACCACCGGGACGAUGCUCGACAUAAUCUUCGGCAUCGAAGAGCACGAGAAGAAGAGGCAGGAUUGGAUGAAGGAAUACAUCGCGCAGCACGGCAGCCGCAGGGCCGACGGUGAUUCGCGCGAGAAUUGGGAAGAUCCGAGCAGCGGAUUUGGCCAGGAGCCGGAUCCCUGGAUCGAGGCGAAGAGAAAAAACUAAAGAAAAGAAGCGCGUUUGGCCCAUUAGAACCCUAUUUAGGGUUUAUAGGAGAGAUCAUGGCGCGAUUCACGAUGGCGCUGCCGCUGCUGCCGCUGGCUCUCUCAAUUCUUCUCCUCUCGGCGACCUCCGCACAGGCGCUGCGAUUCGUGAUCGACAGGAAGGAGUGCUUCGCUCAUCCGGUGGAGUAUGACGGCGAUUUGGUCCAUGUCUCGUACGUGGUGGUCAAAUCGGACAGUACCUGGGCAUUCGAGCAAGCCGGCGUGGAUCUAGUGGUCGAGGGGCCUGGAGGCAUUCAAGCCUAUGAUGUUCGCAACAAGCCCGAGGAAAAGGGCCAGUUUGUGGCACAUAGCAAAGGCCUCUACAAGUUUUGCUUCCACAACCUCUCUCCAGUUCACGAAACCAUUGCUUUCGACGUUUACGUUGGCCACUUUCCCCCGCCGGACGAUCAUGCAAAGGAUGACCACAUUGACCCACUGAUGGGACAGAUCGCGAGACUUGAGGAGGCUCUCUACAGUGUUUCUUUCGAGCAGCACUGGCUGCAAGCUCAGACUGAGCGUCAAUCCGUCUUGAACAACGCAAUGAGCAAGCGAGUGGUUUAUAAAGCCGUGGUGGAGUCCGCGGCCUUGAUCUCUGCAAGCCUGCUCCAAGUCUAUUUACUGCGCAGGCUUUUCGAGAAGAGGUUUGCGAGCUCCAGGGUCUAAGUGUUCGCAAGAAAAGAAACAAAUAAAAGCUGGGAUAACGACACAAAGGAAAAAAGGAAUUGACGAAUUCACAUAGAUGAGGGGGGUGGCUGAAAGCGGCCUGCGGAAGGAUCUGGUUGGCCCCAAGCGAUCUCAUGCGUGGACAGCCUCGAAGAAUGGAUCGUUCGUCGUCUUUCAUCGUCCUCAAAGUCAUACUUAGCUGCAAGGUAAGCUCCAGCUUGUGUAGAGAAAGCUUUGCUUUUGUUUAUUAAUCCCAGACUCGAGGUUUUGACCGAGACAA